UGUUUUAUUUAAUUAUGACAAUGUAUUGUCAUUUAACACACCAAUAGAAUGUCAAAUAAAUACUCAAAUCAAAUAUUAAAAUAUGUAACUGUAAUGGUAAUUAUCCAAAGGACACAUGGAGGUGUAUUACGUGGGGAGAAUGGGGAGGUGACCGCUCCUCCACUCCUGUGGGUUAAAGCUCUCGACAUGGUGAUGGAUCGGCUGAUUGUUGCUGGGGUUGACUUCUCUGCUGUUGAAGCCAUAUCUGGUGCUGCACAGCAACAUGGAUCAGUCUGGUGGGCCCGGGAUGCUGAAUCACGUUUAAGUUCGUUAGCCAGCGACCACUUUUUACACACACAGCUGGCCUCUGCAUUUGUUGCCAAUUCACCAGUAUGGAUGGAUUCUAGUACUACUGAAGAUUGUAAAGCACUGGAGGAGGCCUUUGGAGGCCCAGAGGAGCUUGCUAAAAUCACUGGAUCCAGAGCAUAUGAACGGUUCACGGGCAGCCAAAUACGAAAAGUGUACCGUACUCGUCAACGAGUGUACCAGGCCACUGCAAGAAUAUCACUGGUAUCGUCCUUUGCCUGCUCACUGUUCCUGGGAAAAAUAGCACCCAUAGACCUAGCCGACGGAUCCGGGAUGAAUUUACUUGAUAUCCGUACUAUGAAAUGGGAUGAGAAAGCAUUAAAGGCUUGUGGUGACGAUAGUUUGGAAAGUAAACUGGGCAACCCUGUGCCAUCGGCUACGGACCUGGGUGCCGUAUCUCUAUACUUCGUGGACCGCUAUGGGUUCCAAUCUAAAUGCAGGGUGGUGGCGUUCACCGGGGAUAACUGCUCAGCAUUAGCAGGUUUACGUCUUCGAUCCGGUUGGGUGGGCCUAAGUUUAGGGACUAGUGACACAUUACUGGUGGGCUUGGACCAGCCGGCGGCGCCCACCGCCGGGCACGUGCUAGUGGGCCCCACGGCCCACGCGCCUUACAUGGCGCUGCUGUGCUUCGCCAACGGAUCGCUCACGCGACAGAACCAUCGGGACCGACUCGCCGGGCCCAGUUGGGACUCCUUCAACGAUCUGCUUAGAGCUACAGUUAGAGGAAACAUGGGGUACAUGGGCAUCUACUACGAUACCGCGGAGAUAUUGCCACGCGCUUCGGCCGGCCGAUGGUUGUGGGACUCUCAGGGGCGCGCUAUAGAGAAGCUCGCAGCGCAGUUCGAGGCCCGCGCCCUCCUGGAGGGUCAGGCCCUCGCCCGCCGCGCACACGCCGCCCACUUGGGACUCAUCAUAGAUUCAUCAUCUCGCGUAGUGGCGACGGGCGGCGCGUCCGUCAACAAAGAACUGUUGCAGAUAUUCGCGGAUGUAUUCAACGCACCAGUCUAUAUACAAGAGGAGCACGCUAACGCAGCGUUACUGGGCGCUGCAAUACGAGCCGCCGAUGUAUGGAGCGAUGACGCCGGCAUCAAACUACCAGGUGAGUACUUAUUACUGCUCAAAAGAAAACUGUUGCUUCCUGUUCAAAAAUAAAAUACUCAAUUUACAC